AUGGUACUUAAUGCUGAUGGAGUUAUCACAAAAAAUAAGCAUAUAUCUUUGUGGCCAAUCACUUUAAUGAUAAAUGAAAUCCCAUUACCAACUCGUCGAUACUCUGAGUCGAUCAUUCUUGGCGGUGUUUUACCAGCAUUACAACAUCCAAGCAAUAAACUUUUUAAAACUGUUAUGGACAUAAUCUAUGAGCAGUGUAUACGUUUAGAAGCUGGUGUUAAAUUUUUUCUUCCUGAUGAAGGUGAAAGAACAUUAAAAUUUUAUUUGAUAGCUACCUGUACCGACAAGCCUGCACAGUCAUUACUCAGAGAAAAUUUUACUUGUUGUUCAAAAACUUCAAGAAAGAGCACCAUCAAAAUAUUUCCGUUCGGAACUGAUCCAAUCAGAACUGAUGACAUUUGCACAAAUCUAAUGAUUGAAGCAGAAAACCAUGGUUAUCCAAUGAAAGGACAUGUUGGUAAGUGUUAUUUCGCAGUUUGGGAAUCGCCUCAUAAAUUUCAUCAAAAUCGUUUCAUUCUAGGCUCAUGUUCUUUGAUUAAAUUAAAAUAUUAUUCUUUCGGUCAAUCAAUACUUUACGAUUCAUUACAUACUUUGUACAUAGGUGUAUUUAAAAAAAUGUGCUUACUUGUAUUUUCAAAAUCCAAAAUAAAUCGUCAGCAAAAGUGGUCUUUAUAUAAUAAAAUAAAUAGUAUUGAUCAAGGGCUAGCUGCUGUAAAAAUUCCUACUACUACAAGUCGACGAUUUCGAUCAAUAAAAAAACUAGAACGUUACAAAGCCAACGAAUUCAGAUCUUUGAUGCAUCAUGGAUCAACAGUACUAUUGCGAGCCAAGCUGCCUAAAUAUCGUCGUCAUUUUGCAUUACUUUUGGCUGCUGUUAAUAUUGCGUCUAAAGAUGUUAUUCGUGAUUGUGAUGUUAAAUUAGUCAAAGAACUAUUACAACAAUAUGUAAAAGAUUGGCAAAAAAUAUUUGGUCUUCGUUAUAUGUCGUAUAAUGUUCACUCAUUGCUACAUGUUUAUGAAUCUAUCGAAUUUCUUGGUCCACUCUAUAUGUACAGUACUUUUAACUUUGAAGGAAUUGGUCAUAAUCUAGAAUCUAUGAUCCAUGGGAUGACACAUUAUGGACCACAAUUAAUAUCUCAUUUACAAUAUUAUAGGCAAGCCAUUAUAGAAACAUUCAAGUCUGGAUAUCCGCAGAAACUUUUUGAUUUUAAUGAAAGUAUCUUACGUCGGAAAUUACUAUCGAAUCAAACUAUAUACGUGAAAAAACAAGUAUCUUCUGCGAAUUAUUUAGAAGAAUUGAAACAUUUACGAUUAUUAACUAAUAGAAAUUUUUUAUUCCAUAAUGAAUUGGUCGUAAAACAUAUCCAGUAUAAAACACUAUCAUCGAUUAAAUCAGAGAAAUUUUCUGAUUGUUGUGUCUCUUUUGAAUUUGGAAAACAGAUUAAAAUUGGACUAAUUAGAGCAAUUGUUACUGAUACAAAUGAUAAUGGUAAAAUAUUUGUUUUAUUGGAAGAUCUUGUUGAAGAACCAACGAAACAAGUUAAUUUACUGCAAACAAAAGUAAAUAAUGUUACAACAACAAUACCAAAUAUUUAUAUUCGAAUGCAUUCAACAUGUCUUAUUCUUCGAUCACCUUCACAAAUUAAAAAAAAACAUUCAUAUAGAUUGGCUUAA